AUGAUAUAUACAUUAACUCCUGAGUAAGCUUAGGUUUCUAUAAAAAUCGAUAAGCCCAGCUAUUAUCCUGGUGAGAUUAUAAAAGGAGUGAUAUAUUUGAAAAUCAAAAGUAAGGAUAUUUAGGCAGGUCUUUUGUAUAUAAAAGUAAAAAUUCAAAUAAUACAAUAUAGCUUUGUGGUCAAGAGAAAGUGAAUUAAUUAGACUAAUAUAAUUAAUACUUUAGCUUCAAAUAGUUUAUAUACAAGAAACAAAAAAAAAUAACAGACUUUGGAAAGUAUUUUAAUUAAGCUGAAUAUUAGAAAAAUGCCAAUAAUAGCUUGCAAAAAAUAUUUUGAAUUAGAAGUUCCAUUUUUAUAUCCAAGUUUUACAAUUAAUUAUUACAAAAUGGUACAAUGCAGGAUAUUAUACUUUUUAUCUGUUAGUUUAUAAAGCGAGGAUGAAAAAAUUUUAUAUAAAGUACCGAAAAAAAAUAGAGUCGUAGUUCAUAUAAUAUAAAAAUUGGCAAUUUAAAAUGCAAUUCCGAUAGAGUAUUCAGGAAUUUCAAAAAUAGUAAAAAGGUGUUGCUUUUCAACAGGGGUAUAGUAAUAAAUAAAAAUAGAAUACAAAAGUAAAAAUUUAACUUGAAAAAUUACAAUAUAUAUUUGGAGACAGUAUAUCAUUAAUUUUAUAGGUUGAUAAUAGUUAAUCAAAUAUAGCAAUAUAAAAAUUUGAAUUAAAGAUUUCAUCUUAGUUGAUAAUUUUAUACAAACAAUAAAAAAGAAAGUUAUCAAAUUAUUUUGAAAUCUAUAAAUAAGAAUUAACAGGUAAUUGAUUAUUUUAUUUUAGAAUAAAUUUAAGCGCAUGCAUCAAAAUAAAUUAUGACUAAUUUAAAUUUACCAAUUGGUAAGGGGGAUGAUAAAACGGCUAUUUUUCCAUAAAGUACAUUAAAAACAAAAAGAAUAAGUUAUUAAUAUAUACUAACUGUGAAUGUAAUUUUUGCGAAAUAGCUAUUUAUUAAAGUAGAAAAUCUUGUUGUAUCAGUUCCUUUGAUUUUAAUUCAAAAUUAGAAGAGAGAAAAAAGUAAUGUUAUUUAAUCAAUGGAUAAUUUAAGUAUGAUUGGAUCAUUGAUUGAAACAAAUUAAAGAUUGAGUACUAGUUAACUAAAAAAGUUGAUAUAUGGAGAUCAUAAUUGUGCUGGAUAUGGAGAAUAAGAUGGUUAUGAUGGAUCUGAAAGAAAAUAUAAUCCAAUUGAAAGUUUAGAUGAAGAUGCAUUAAAAGAUGUUAAAGGGGCUUUAGAAUAAUUAAUGUUUAAAAAAUAAUAUGAAGAAGAUAGUGAUAUUGAUGAAAAUUUUGUAGAUGAAAUAGAAGGAAUAAGUUUAAAUAAUAUCAGUCUUAAUUAAAUAUACUCAUGUCAAGAGAAGUAAUCUUAAAAAACAAUCUUUAAUGAGAAAAAGAAAAAUGAUUUAAAUUUUCUUAAUCUAAACAAUGAAUUAAAAUAAGAAAAUAAUAAUCAAGAACAUUUGUAGACAAUAAAGGAAGAACAAGAAAGCAAAGGAACAUAAUAUAAUCUUAAUAAUAAUGCUUUAUCUUCUUCUUAAGUUAGAAAAAAUUAAUAGAUAGAAUAAAUAGAAAAGAUAGAAUAGAUUGAAUAGAUAAAAUAAGUUUAGAAAAUAGGAUCUCUAAAUAAAGAAUUAGAUUAAAUUAAUUAAGAUGAAUUUAAAAAUAGUCCUAAUGAUAGAACUAUUGAUAAAAAAACUACAAUAUUAAAAAAAAAUAAAAAAAAUUCAUUUUCUAUAGAAUAAAAUGAUUAAAAAGAAUAAAAAUAAUUGAAAGUUUAAUUUAAUGAUGUUACUUCAGUUGAUACUCUUGAUGGAAAAACAGGAGAGAAGAUAAAUAAUUAAAAAUAAAAAAAAUGA